AAUAGGAAGAUAGAUUUCUUUGGUUUGGAGAGUACCAGGGCCAAAACAAUGGUGGGGCUCCUCUCCUCCUCCGCCUCCAUUCAUUUUCUUUCUCCGCCACCACCGUCGCCGCCGCGUCUCCGAUUAUCCUCCCGCAAAUUGAAGACGGUAGCAUUUUCCAUCACUUCCUGGUUUCGAUUUGGUCCGAUGAUGUUCUAGUGUCGAAUCCUGUCUACUUCUGCAAAUACUGAGUUGCAAUAUACAGUGGUAUCCAUGGGUGAGGAUCCAAUUCGUGAAUGGAUCUUAUCUGAAGGAAAGGCAACUCAAAUAACCAGCAUUCGAUCGAUUGGCGGCGGCUGCAUCAAUCUUGCUAAUCGAUAUGACACGGACGUUGGCUCCUUCUUUGUUAAAACAAACAGAAGUAUCGGCCCGGAGAUGUUUCAUGGCGAAGCCUUAGGCCUCAACGCCAUGUUUGCAACUCAAACCAUCCGCGUUCCCAAGCCAUUGAAGACGGGACCUUUGCCAAACGGCGGCUCAUACAUUAUCAUGGAAUUUAUCGAAUUUGGCGCAUCUAGGAUCAACAAUUCAUUGUUAGGAAGGAAGCUUGCUGAAAUGCAUAAAGCCGGGAAGUCUGAGAAAGGCUUCGGAUUUCAUAUUAAUAACACAAUCGGAAGUACUCCUCAGAUAAAUACAUGGACUUCGGAUUGGAUUGAAUUCUAUGGGACACAUAGGUUGGGAUAUCAGUUGAAGCUGGCGCGGAGACAGUAUGGCGAUUCUUUGAUUUAUGAAAAAGGGCAAAGGCUUGUGAAGAACAUGGCGCCUCUUUUCGACGGUGCUGUAAUGGAACCGUGCUUGUUGCACGGAGACUUGUGGAGCGGAAACAUUACCUAUGACAAAAACGGCGAGCCUGUCAUACUUGAUCCUGCCUGUUACUAUGGACACAAUGAGGCGGAGUUUGGGAUGUCCUGGUGCGCUGGAUUUGGAGGAUACUUCUAUGACGCCUACUUUGAGGUGAUGCCAAAACAGCCUGGUUUUGAUGAAAGGCGUGAUCUUUACAUGCUGUAUCACUACCUGAAUCACUACAACCUUUUCGGCUCCAGCUACCGUUGGUCCGCCAUGUCCAUAAUCGAUGACUAUCUUCGGAUGCUGAAUGCUUAGCUGCAGUGACGGAAUUAUGUUCCAAACUUUAGGGGGGCAAAAAUUGUAUAGUCGGUUUCGAUCGUUUAAGGUGAAUAUUAUAUUCAAAUAGACUGUUCAUUUUUAAAAAAAUUUGUGAAAAUUAAAAUUUUGUAAAAGCGUACCAACUAAAUUCUUUUUUUCUGCUUCAAUAUAUAUAUAUUUUAUUUCUCUA